AUGUUCGCCGAAAAGAUCGACGUCGUUGUGGAUGCAACGGAACUGCAACCUUCUCCAUCACAGAUCCAGUCAAGAUUCGAGACGCUGCGAGACCUCGACGAUGAGCAAAUGGCAACUCUGAACAAGAAGUUGCUUCGAAAGAUAGAUUGGCGUCUGAUGCCGACGAUUACAAUCAUGUUUCUCAUGAACUAUCUUGAUCGUAUCAAUGUGUCCAACGCCAGAAUCGCUGGCCUUCAGGACGAUCUCAAUAUGUCAGACGCCGUCUGGAGCACCGGUAUCUCAGCCUUCUACAUUGGAUACCUUAUCGGCCAACUUCCGGGCAAUCUAUGGCUCGCUCGGGUCCGUCCAAGUCUCUUGCUCCCAGGAAUGAUGAUUGGGUGGAGCAUCUGCACAAUUUGCAUGCCUGCAGUGACCUCUGGAGUCGGAUUCUGCAUGGUUCGCUUUGUUACCGGCCUCUGCGAAGCACCGUUCUUCCCGGGCAUCACGUUGAUGACGUCUUCAUGGUAUAUGAAGGAAGAAAACCCAAUGAGAAUGGCCAUCUGGCACGCGGGCAACACCAUUUCUAACAUCAUAUCCGGCUUCCUCGCAGCUGGUAUCUUGCACAAUAUGGGCGGUAUGGCCGGACUCUACAGCUGGCAAUGGUUCUUCAUCAUCGAAGGAGCCGUCAGUAUCCUCGUGGGUGUCGUAGCUUUCUUUCUCUUGCCUGAUUGGCCUGAGAAUACCCGCUGGCUGUCAGACGAGGAGCGUGAAAUAGCACGAUACCGGGUCCUCGUCUCCAACGGCGGCAAAGAAGAACAGGUCGGCGGCACCUGGGACGGCCUUAAAGACGCCAUCAAAGACCCAUUUACUUGGAUGUUCUGCGGCAUGCACUUUUCUCUGAUCAACGCCCAGUCCUUCAAGGACUUCUUCCCUUCAAUCAUCAAGACCUUUGGCUUCUCAGAACUCAACACCUAUCUCGUUCAAGCACCACCCUACGCUAUCGCAUACAUAACUGCCUGCCUCUGCGCCUACUCGUCUGGCAGAUUCCGCGAAUCGUGCUACCACAUCAUCCUGCCCAUUGUAGCAUCCGCAGUCGGAAUCUCGCUCAUGAUAUCAACUCCCAACAUCGGAGCACGAUAUUUUGGAUCUGUGCUUCUCGUAUCAGGCACGUACAAUGGCCUCAACCUCCAGCUGUCCUGGGAGACAACACUGGUCCCGGCACCUCGAAGCAAGAAGGCAGCCCUGAUCGCCAUCGCGAACUGUGUCAGCCAGUGCUCGCAUUGGUUCUCGCCAUACUUCUUCCCAACGAAGCACGAGCCGUUCUAUCGCCUUGGAGGUGGAUUGAUCCUGUUCGGAUGUUUGUGUACAGCUUUGCUGUGCUGGGCGGUCAAAUGGUGGGCGAAGCGCUUGAACAAGAAGCUGGAUGAAGCGGAAGGCUACAGCGAGCAUAGCGGAGUGGAGAGGGGAUGGCGAUAUGCUUAUUGA